UGAACUUGCUGUGAAGUUGCUGGAGGAAUAAAGUUUCAGCUCCGUCUGAGAAGAGUGGAUUUCUAAUUUUCAGCAGUGAACUUCUGUUUUUAACUUCAUCAMUUCACAACAGUCAGUGGAAUAAUUGAUUUUGUUCUGUAGUAAAGCAUCAUGCAUCACCRACAUGGGAUGAUUCGUCUCUUGUUCUGUGGCUGACAUUUUUUUUUCAUAAAUUCCGAAAACGCUGCUUGGAUGAAAUAAUCUUAAACUGAACUGACAAGGUCACCGUUUAUUUAGACUUUUGUCACAUCUGUAAACAAAGAGAUAACCAUGGGCUUGUGUUCAGUUAUCAACAAGGCUUUGCGCAGGAGCAAGUAUCUUGUGCUGCUCAUCAUCUCUCUAUCGGUGCUGGCGUGGWUAACAAUGUUUCCUGGUGAAACUGUAAAAUCUGCCCCCGGUGACUCUGACACAACAGGAACUUUUCCCAGAGCUGGUCUCCAUUCUUGGACGACAGCACCCACUCACCUGAAUACUGCAGCACAGAAAGCCCAGUGCCCCGAGGAGUCUCCAUUGCUCCAGGGAGUUGUUCCUCUAAACUUUGAAUCUUUGCUGAAAAUGAAGGAUGUGGAGAAUGAGAACAAGGAAAUGAACGAGGGCGAGUAUGAGCCCCCAGACUGCACAGCGAGGCAAAGCGUGGCCAUCCUCAUCCCUCAUCGCAACCGAGAGAGGCACCUCCUCUACCUCCUGCAUCACCUGCUCCCCUUCCUACAGAGGCAGCARCUGCACUACGCCAUUUACGUCAUCCACCAGGCUGGUGAAGCCAUUUUUAAUCGAGCAAAGUUGCUGAAUAUUGGGUAUCUGGAGGCACUGAAGGACUUCAGCUGGGACUGUUUCAUCUUCCACGAUGUAGACCUGGUUCCUGAAAAUGAUCACAAUUUAUACACCUGCGACAAGCAGCCCAAACACAUGGUGGUUGGCCGAAAUGUCACGGGAUACAAGCUGCGUUACAAAGGCUACUUUGGUGGAGUCACUGCUCUGACCAGAGACCAGUUUCUUCUAGUCAACGGAUUCUCAAACAACUACUGGGGUUGGGGUGGGGAAGAUGAUGACCUUCGCAUCAGGGUCGAGCUACAGAAAAUGAAGAUCCUGCGACCGCCUGCAGUCAUUGCACGCUACACCAUGGUGUUUCACAAACGGGACAGUGGCAAUCAGAUAAACAUAAACAGGAUGGCGUUAUUAGSAAAAACGUCACACGUGUGGAAGAAGGACGGACUCAGCAGCUGCUCUUAUAAGACUCUGUCAGUCAACAGGUUGCCUCUGUACGUGAACAUCACUGUGGAUCUUGGUAAACCACAGAGCUGAGAGUUAUGAAUAAUAAAAAACUCUCUUACUUUUAUAUUUGAUGAAGUCUAGGCCACUGAGUUCAAAAGAACUACUACAAGAAGUCAUAUCAAUGUAAAUGAACACUGGUACAAUGACUUUCCAGUUAUUUAAUACAUUUUUUGCAUAUCAAGCUACAUUUAUGACCUGAAAUUAUUAUUUACAGAAGAAAAUAAGAUGUAUUUGUUUCUGCAAAGAAUGUUUCAGUUGAAUGUCCCUCCAAGAAUUUUGCUAAAAGACACUGAACAAUU